CCGCGGCCGGGUGAGGCGGCGCGGAGCGGCGCGGAGCGGCGCGGGUGUCCCGGCGGAGCCCGCGCCCCCCCCCCCCUCCCCACCCCCCGCAAGAUGUCAUCGCAGGGCAAGUUCAAGAAGGACAAAGAGAUCAUCGCCGACUACGAGGCGCAAGUGAAAGAAAUCCGAACUCAGCUGGUGGAGCAGUUCAAAUGCCUGGAGCAGCAGUCGGAGUCGCGCCUGCAGCUGCUGCAGGACCUGCAGGAGUUCUUCCGCAGGAAGGCUGAGAUCGAGCUGGAGUACUCCAGGAGCCUGGAGAAGCUGGCGGAACGCUUCUCCUCCAAGCUACGCAGCUCCAGAGAGCACCAGUUCAAGAAAGAUCAGCACCUGCUUUCCCCUGUGAACUGCUGGUACCUGGUUCUGACGCAGACCCGGCGAGAGAGCAGAGAUCACGCCACCCUGAACGACAUCUUCAUGAACAAUGUCAUUGUUCGGCUGUCACAGAUCAGUGAGGAUGUCAUCAGGCUCUUUAAAAAGAGUAAGGAAAUUGGCCUACAGAUGCAUGAAGAACUCCUGAAAGUCACCAACGAGCUUUACACGGUGAUGAAGACCUACCACAUGUAUCACGCCGAGAGCAUCAGCGCCGAGAGCAAGCUGAAGGAGGCGGAGAAGCAGGAGGAGAAGCAGUUCAACAAGUCGGGGGACAUCAGCGUGAACCUGCUGCGGCACGAGGACAGGCCUCAGCGGCGGAGCUCCGUCAAGAAGAUUGAGAAGAUGAAGGAGAAGAGACAAGCCAAAUAUUCUGAAAACAAGCUGAAGUGUACUAAAGCCAGGAAUGACUACCUGCUGAACCUGGCAGCCACCAACGCAGCUGUCAGUAAAUACUACAUCCACGAUGUCUCUGACCUCAUUGAUUGCUGUGAUCUGGGAUUCCACGCCAGCCUCGCUCGGACCUUCAGGACGUACCUGUCUGCCGAGUACAACCUGGAAACCUCCCGCCACGAGGGCCUGGACAUCAUCGAGAACGCCGUGGACAACCUGGAUGCACGGAGCGACAAGCACACCAUCAUGGACAUGUGCAACCAGGUCUUCUGCCCUCCGCUGAAGUUCGAGUUCCAGCCUCACAUGGGGGACGAGGUGUGUCAGGUCAGCGCCCAGCAGCCUGUGCAGACCGAGUUGCUGAUGCGGUACCACCAGCUGCAGUCGCGACUAGCCACCCUCAAGAUAGAGAAUGAAGAGGUGCGAAAAACCCUGGAUGCCACAAUGCAGACUUUGCAGGACAUGCUGACGGUGGAAGAUUUUGACGUUUCAGACGCCUUCCAGCACAGUCGCUCCACUGAGUCGGUCAAAUCAGCUGCGUCGGAGACCUACAUGAGUAAAAUAAACAUCGCCAAGAGGAGAGCCAACCAGCAGGAGACCGAAAUGUUCUAUUUUACAAAAUUCAAAGAGUAUUUGAAUGGCAGUAACCUUAUCACGAAGCUCCAGGCCAAACACGACUUGCUGAAGCAGACUCUUGGAGAAGGUGAAAGAGCCGAAUGCGGAACGACCAGGCCCCCAUGUCUUCCCCCUAAGCCACAGAAAAUGAGGAGACCUAGGCCUCUCUCAGUCUAUAAUCAUAAACUCUUUAACGGCAAUAUGGAAACGUUCAUUAAGGAUUCAGGACAGGCUAUUCCGCUUGUAGUAGAAAGCUGCAUUCGUUACAUCAAUUUGUACGGCCUUCAGCAGCAGGGCAUUUUCAGAGUCCCUGGCUCCCAGGUGGAAGUCAACGACAUCAAGAAUUCCUUUGAGAGAGGUGAAGAUCCCCUUGCUGAUGAUCAAAAUGAACGUGACAUUAAUUCAGUGGCUGGAGUCUUGAAGCUGUAUUUCCGAGGACUGGAAAACCCACUCUUUCCCAAGGAAAGGUUUCAAGAUUUGAUAUCUACUAUAAAAAUCGAGAACCCCACGGAGAGAGUACACCAGAUCCAGCAAAUCAUCAUCACUCUGCCUCGGGCUGUCAUCGUUGUCAUGAGAUAUCUUUUUGCUUUCCUUAAUCACUUGUCGCAGUACAGCGAUGAGAACAUGAUGGAUCCCUACAACCUGGCCAUCUGCUUUGGGCCCACGCUGAUGCACAUUCCAGAUGGGCAGGAUCCGGUGUCCUGCCAGGCCCAUGUCAACGAGGUCAUCAAAACCAUCAUCAUUAACCACGAGGGCAUCUUCCCCAGCCACAGAGAGCUGGAAGGACCUCUCUAUGAGAAGUGCAUGACUGGAGGGGAGGAGUACUGCGACAGCCCGCACAGCGAGCCAGGCACCAUCGAUGAGGUUGACCACGACAACGGCACGGAGCCGCACACCAGCGAUGACGAAGUGGAGCAGAUUGAAGCCAUAGCAAAGUUUGACUAUGUUGGACGAACUCCGCGAGAGCUCUCCUUUAAGAAGGGGGCCUCGCUCCUCCUGUACCACCGCGCAUCGGAAGACUGGUGGGAGGGGAGACAUAACGGUGUGGAUGGCCUCAUACCCCACCAGUACAUCGUGGUGCAAGACAUGGAUGAUGCGUUCUCCGACAGCCUCAGCCAGAAGGCAGACAGCGAGGCAAGCAGCGGGCCGCUGCUGGAUGAUAAAGCCUCCUCCAAGAACGACAUCCAGUCUCCGACGGAUCAUAUUGUGGACUAUGGCUUCGGCGGAGUGAUGGGCCGAGUGAGAUUGAGGUCUGACGGCGCAGCUAUCCCUCGCCGUCGAAGCGGGGGGGACACCCACAGCCCGCCCCGAGGGAUGGGUCCUGGCAUAGACACUCCUCCUCGAGCAGCGGCCUGCCCUAGCAGCCCCCACAAAAUACCUCUUAACAGGGGCAGGAUUGAGAGUCCCGAAAAGCGCAGAAUGGCGACAUUCGGCAGUGCAGGCAGCAUCAAUUUCCCAGACAGGAAGGCCUUGUCUGAUGGCCACCCGCUGAGACCGGCCUGUGGAUCGACUAGACACAGUAGUCUCGGAGAUCAGAAAUCUCUAGAAGCAGAAGCGCUUGCUGAGGACAUCGAGAAGACCAUGAGCACGGCGCUGAACGAGCUGCGGGAGCUGGAGAGGCAGAACACGGCCAAGCAGGCCCCGGACGUGGUCCUGGACACGCUGGAGCCCAUGAAGAACCCCCCGAUGGGCGCCGCCAACUCGGAGCCCGCCAGCCCCCUCCACACCAUCCUGAUCCGGGACCCCGACGCGGCCAUGCGGCGCAGCAGCAGCUCCACCACCGAGAUGAUGACCACGUUCAAGCCGGCCCUCUCGGCCCGGCUGGCCGGGGCCCAGCUGCGGCCGCCGCCGAUGCGGCCGGUGCGGCCGGUGGUGCAGCACCGCUCCAGCAGCAGCAGCAGCUCGGGGGUGGGCAGCCCCGCCGUCACCCCCACCGAGAAGCUCUUCCCCAGCAGCUCGGCGGAUAAAUCGGGCACCAUGUAGGCUGGGGCGCGGGGAGAGCCAGCGCCCCGGCGGUGGGAGCGCGGCCGGCAGCUCGGCAAAGCCGCGCUCGGCCGAGCGGGAGGUCCAAACCCUGCUCGAGAGGAGCCUCUCCAAAAGGGGAACAAGCGCGUCGCCUAGGCUUGAUGGUUGAUUGUACAUACGUGUGUGUGUGUGUGUGCGUGCGUGUAUGUACGUCUGUGUGCACACACACCCCCAUCCAUGCAGAAACACUUCCCAAGCUUGCGGUCCCACGGCAGGAGGAGACGGCCGGCGGGUCUAUGUGUUGGCACUGGAGAACACACUCUAUAUGUAGAAGUAUAUAUUAAAAAAAAAAAAAAUUAAGUGUACAGAAUUCGGUGGCUUUUUUAAAAAAAGUAGAUUUACCUCAGAAACUGGCUCUGAAAUGUCCUCGUUAGAGAUGUCGGGUUGAUUUGGGGUUUUUUUCCAGGCUGUUUGUGUGCGUGUUGUGCGUGGAAGUGCGUAGCAGCUGUGCGUUGAGCAAUACAAGGCCAAUCCUGGAAUUUAUUUUCUGCACCUCUCGGCAUUUAAAAAAAGAAGGCAGGGAGUGGGGAAGAUACAGAGCGUUUUGUUCACUGCUGGCCUGUGGAGGAGAGCUGGAACUUCGUAAAUGCCAGUGUGUGUCAGGGCGGCUGGAGCGCCUUUCCAAGCCGAAUCCCGGGACGCCUUCGCGUGCGCUGUGGUUCCCCGGCCGGCGGCACCCGGCCCGAGCGGGGCCAGAGACCGAGGGGUGCUCCUUCGGCCUCGGGCAGGCAGGAGGACGCUGCUGCUGCUGCACGGGGCACGGUGCUGCCCUGCCUGCACCGCGGGGCCCACGGGACUCCGGUUUUCCUGAAGAUUUCAGAAUGGACGAGGACUAGUGACAAGCCUGUGGUAAAGCAUAAGUAGAGUAACUUACACAGUUUUGAGGUGCUUCGUUUCCUUCUCACCACAUGUUUCUUUAUCUUUUUUUUUUUUUUUUUUUUUAAAAAAAAAAAGCCCAACCUUAAUGGUAUCUCAACAGAUGGGACUAAACAGACGAGGAGGCUUUGGUACAACAGCAUUCCUUUAUUUGAAGUUGCACAGCAGUACAUGAGAGUCUUGAUUCAGACUGCGUCUUCUUGCAUGAAAAGCAUGAGCCAUAUUUGACCAUAUCAGAUGCGGAACCGAUCUGAUGGGGUGAUACUUUGCACUUUCUGUACUGUACUAUAUAAUACAACAGUUUGAGUUUAUGCAAAAGAAUCUACAUUUUGUUUUUCCUCUGAACAUUCAACCCAGAGAAAAAAUAUGCAGAAAGAGCUGGGGAUUGCAUGGUACUUUGAUAAUCGAGUCUCUUCUGUCAGCGCUGAAUCCAAGACACUCUGUGCUUCUCCUGCAGUCGUUUUCUUCCUGCACAGAUUUCCACGCAAUGACCCGUGCUUUAAUUCGGUCACUUCCACGUGAUCACGUGCAGCCCCGGCGUGAAACGGGCCGUCGCGUGUCUCAGCAGCACGGAGGAGCCGCGCUCACGGCUCCGUCAAGUUCCCCUUUCCCUCCCGCUCUCUCCGAUUUCGGCCGUUCCGUCUGUCCCGGGGCGAAGAAGCCACCGCUCCUCCUGCCUCCCCCCCGCAGCCUCCCGGCCCUGCCCGGGGGUUUUUUGUUGCUCUUCCCCCCAGCGCCGCUGCCGUGCCCGCCGGAGCAGCCCGGCCUCCCGAAGGCAGCGGGCGGCUGGGCCGGGGCCGUGCCCGGGGCACGAGCCCCCUCGCUUGCCCCCGCGCCCGCCCCGGCCGGGCUCUGUAUAUAUCGCUGUACUCGCUGAAAUGCUGGAAAGUAACUGUUCACUUGUAAACUGUACAAAAAAUAGGCUAAGAGUAGAUGAAAGCCAAUGCCACUCACCAAAUCUUUGCACUUAGUAGGUAGCUCAAUGUAAAAAUAAAACCCAAUAAUAAUAAUAAUAAUAAUAAUAAAAUAAAUAAAAAAACAAAGCCGCAAAGCUAACCUUUCAGUGUACAGUGGGGGAGAAGUACUGUAUGUAGUGAUUCUGUCAUUGUUCCUCCGUAUGAUGCUGUAAGGGGAAAUGGUAUUUAUGUACUUGUCUGUUAACAUUGUUGACAUUUGUAAUUACCACAAUUGGUUCAUAUUGAUGUUUAUUUUUCUUCAUAAUUUUUCCCCCCUUUCCUAACUUAGGCUAACCCUGAGGUCAAUGCCUCUGUCAUUGCGGGCAGCAGAUGUUCAAACAGUCUGUCAGUCUGGUCGAGUAAUGAACCAGCAAAUGUGCUUUUAGGGGGAGGGAAGAAACCCAUUUGGCACGAGCGCUGUGUAUUCGUUGCCAGUAUUUUUUUUUUUUUUUUUUUUCAUUUAGUUCCUGGAGAACAUUCACUUUGCCAGUCUUCUGGGUUUUUUUUUAAUAUACUUUCGAAGAUGACUUGAUAGCAAAACCAUUUUAUUAGGGUUUUCUUCCCUUCUUACUUUUGAAGAUACGGUACAAGUUCCAGCGUCUUUCUGUUAAAUUAUUGCCUUUCGUUUUCCUUUGUUUUGUUUUGUUGUGGGUUUUUAAUACAAUUGUUUUCUUAUCUUUAAGUGCCUUUUUGAGCACCAGAACAAAUGCUUGGAGUUAAUGUCCUAGGAGCUGUACACAUCAUGAUUUCCUUUGUACAGUUGCGUUGUGCUGGGGGUGAUUGCUUUUAAAGUCCUUUCGAAUUUUUUUUUUUUAAAGAAAACCAAGACAUUUUGUUGAAGAGUAAACUACUACCCCUUUUUAAUAUGGUAUUCAAAUUGUAGUUUUAACUACUGUAAAUUUAAGGGAAGAAAUGUAUUUUUCUGUAAGCUAGCUUGGCACAAAAUUGAGACACGCACGUUGCAGGAGUAUCAUCACUGGAACCUGCUCAGGCUCUAGGAGUAACUUUACCCUGAUCCUCGAUACCUCUCUAAAGGCGCGAAGACUGUCGGCUUCAGAGAGCUCGCAGGGCUUUCACUGUGAAAACCUUGGCCGAGCAGCUGCCGCGAGCGGGCGGCGGGAGCGCCGUCCCCGCGGGGCCGCCUUCCCCCGGGACCUGCCACCCGGGAGGAGGGCGUCUGCACGGAGCCGUCGUUUCUCUGCUGUGCAGAGCGAGUGCCGACCUGCGCCCGGGUCCCCGCGGCCCCUGCUCCGGCCUGGCCCGGCCCGGCCCGCGGCCACCUCGGGGAGGGGCAGCUCGAGCCCUCGCCCACCCUCCCCGCGGCUCGGCGUCGCCUUCAACGCUGCUGACUCGAAAGCAGAGGCCCCCCCGGCGGGCUCUCCUCCGCACAGACUUCAGCAACGCGCGCAGGUGUGCCGGGCCCCGGGGUGGUGAUGGCAGUGCACCUCCUUCCUUAGGCUGAAGUACCCCUGGUAGGUCAUUUUUUGUAAACCCUGGACUGUGUUAUUUAACUAGCGGUGGUGUGGUUUUCACGGUGCGGCAGUAGAUGUCCCGAGUCUGAUCUGCUUGCGAGUGGCUGGGCUGCGUAGGCUGGUGGGGAUGGGUCUGGUUACACCGGGAAGCCGUCGGAAACCGCCGGCUGCCUGCCCCUUGUAACGGUCGUCCUCCUCCUCUGGUGUUGUCUCUGUGACGUAUGGUGAGAUGCCGUUCAGCUAGAGCGUCCGAGUGGGUCCUCUGUCCUGUAUGCUGAUGAUGCCAUGUAGAUGAAGCCACUGGUUGGGUGUGGACUCAUCCCGUUGAAUAAAACUGCUUAACUUUUCUCAAAAAA